AGCAAGAGCACGGUCACGGCAGCGGAAGAAGCACAGGACACGGCGGGGCUGUUGCGGCGUGCCUCAUCGGGUUGUCCAGUGCCAUGGAGAGCUGCGGGCCGAGGCACUGAGGCAGGGAAUGGCACUAAAGAAGAGCCUGGAACACCAAGACUACUGCACAUGAAGACCCUCUCCGCACCUGAGCCUGGGUUGUCUCUCCAUGUGUGCAGCUGAGCAUGAAGGAAACAGGAUCAGCUGCAAGUCUGAAGGCUGCCCAAGAAGCAGCUGCAAAGGUUAAUGCCAUGUUGGUGGCUUCAGGUCAGCUUAAGCUCUCUGAGCUUAACAAAAACAGAACGAAGAACAACAAAUCCAAUGACCUCUUCAUUGAAGAGGUUGUCAUCAAUGAUGCCCCGAUGAGUGCCAGAAAUUUUCUGACUCGUUCUUCCACGCAAGAAGAAAUUAGUAAGAUGUCUGGUGCAGCAGUGUCCACUCGCGGCCGCUACAUGAACCAGGAGGAGCGCAAGAAUCCCAGCAAAAGCCCCAGUGACCGCCCCCUGUACCUCCACAUCCAGGCUGUGAACCAGCAAGAUGUCAAGGUUGCCGUUGGACGGAUCACACACAUCAUCAUGGAACACAGUCACCGCAAAGGUCAUGGCAUGCAGCGGCCAAGAGGCCCAAGACCCAACCCAGCACCUGGCCUCAUGGGGCCCCGGCCUGGGAGUGGCUCACGAGGCUCACGAUCAUUAGCAUUCCAACCACCUCAGCCAGACAUGUCGGCGCCCCCUCCCCCCUCCCAGGCCCAACCUCCCCCUCCCGUGACCAGUAUAUUCAGAGAGAAAGUAUUCCUGCCAAUGAAUAUCGGCCUGAAUCCCACUGACAUACAAGCACGGCUGAUUGGCGAAAGCGGAAUGAACCUGCGCUACAUACAAGAAGAGACCGGUGUGGCCAUCUCUGUCCGUGGCAUUGGGUCUGGCUUCCAAGAGAGUGGCACCGGCCAGGAGGCCCAGGACCCCCUCCACUUCUACCUGGAGCAUGACAACCAGGAACAGUUCAAUCAGGCCAAGGACCUGGUGGUUAAUCUGGCCCAAACUGUGAUAUCGGAAGUGCAGCAGGAGCUUCAGCAACAACAACAACAGCAACAACAACAGCAGCAGCAGCACCAGCUGCAGCACCAGCAACUCCAGCAGCCAGCACCUCUGUUCACCCAACCUCCACCUCAGCAGCCUGAUGUGGCCCUCGGAGGUGGCGGCAGCAUUGGUCAGCCACAUUUGGCCCCUGUACAAGUGGCUCCCCACCAGCUGACAGCCCCACAAGCCCCACCCCCACAGAUGGUUCACACACAGAUGGUUCCCCCCCAAGUACCUCCUCAUUCACAAAUAGUGCCUCCUCAUGUUGGCCACCAUCAGAUGCCUCCAGCCCAAGUACCCAUGCAGGGCCAGGUGGGUGGGCCUCAGGUGAGUGCCAAUGUGAUGCACACGGUGUUGGCACCUCACCUACAGCCUACGGGAGCCCCGGUGUCCCAGGAGGUCAUGCCACAGCAAGAAGUAAUUCAAGCCACUGUGGUGUCCAUGCCGCAGCAGGUGGUCCAUCUCUCAGCGCCUCCUGUAGUGUCCAGCACCUCAGCAAACCAGCAGCUGGUGCACACAUCAUCUGGCACCCAGCUGGUUACUCUGCCCCCUGGAACACAAAUCAUCAACAUGCCUGAUGGACCCCGACUGGUGGCCCUGGCUGGCAGCACCCAAGUGGCUCCUCCUGUCCCUGCUGGGCACCAGACUCACCCUGCUCCUCUGCAUGACCCUCAAGGGGUGCCAAACCCUAUGGUGCAGCAGCAACCUGCACCUCAGUCCAUGGCUGUGUCUGGGGGCACCAACCACAUGGCUAUAAACCAGACUCCCAUCCUCAGUGAUGGAGGAGGACAUCAUUCCAACCUAGCCAGGUCUAUGGGGCCUGCCAGCUCUUAUUCUGCUCCCUCCUUGGUGAACACUGUCAGUACCUCCAGUCCUCUCACCAAUGCCACGCCCCAUGAAGCACCGUUUCCACCCAAUGUCAAUGCAAGCAUGCCUCCCCCCAACACCAGCAUGGCCCUGGGCGUGCCUCCCCCAGCUGCCCUUGGUCUGCCUCCAGCUGUCACUGCCAACGCCGGAAGUGUGUCCUUCGUGCUCACCCCUGGCGUGAACACCAUGACAACCACCUCAGGGGUUGGCCUCCUCAUGCCUCAGGACCCAGCCGUUGCCUCAGGCCAGAUGCAUGUGACUCAGCCUGUUGUGGUGACCGGAGUGAUGCCCAGCCUACAGCAACAGCCGCAGCAGCACCAACCACACCACCCAGUGUCUCAAGCUGGUGCCCCAUCAUCCUAUAUAGGCCCUGUCCCUCCCCAGCCCAUGAGUCACUCUGGGUAUUCAGCGUCCCAGCCUCAUGAACAGCCAGCCACCUCAGCAUACCUGGCUUCAGAGCAUGGCUACAGUGGUCCCCCCAUCACCACUCAUGCUACCCAUCACUAUGGUCAGGUGCCCCCCCAGCAGCAGCAGCGACCGGUGGGUGUGGCGUAUGCUCCAGUGGGCAUGGCAGGGGGUGGAGAAACUGUUGCACAUGGCAGGAUAGAAUUCCAGGCCGGUGGACCUCCAGGAGUGAUUCCUCUCAGUAGUCUGCCUCCACGCCAUCAGGGACAGAAAGCAGAACAGCAGCAGCAGCCUCUCCAGCCAACGCCUGGUCACUACAGCAGCCAGCCCAGCCACCAAGAACUGCGUCCUGUCUCCUUGGAGCAGCAGUGGCAGCAGUUCCAGCAGCAGGUGAAGAUAGAAGGAGGCCAGCAGCAGUAUGACCCUUAUGCUGCUGCCACGGAGGAUUCGGAGCACCAAGACUCUGCUAGACAGCCUCAG